UUUUGACUCAUUUAUUAUGAAAGUAUGUGUACUCUUUGAGCAUAGUGUUACUAAAGUGUUCAAUGGAUUUUUAUUUGACCAAUAUGAGUUCAAGCAUUCAGAAAAGAUGAAUGAGAUGCUGAGGCCUAUGUCGGUUGCUUGCAUAUAAUGCAUGUGUAUUUUGUUUGUCAACAUCAUACUUCCAAAGCCAAAUUUCCCUGGCGUCUAAUUAUUUUGAACGAGCUAAUACAUCUUCUUAUGUUAUUCUGUAGUCAUGAUAUUAAAAAGUAAAUGCCCAUUCCUGUUUGUUUGUUUUUGUUUUCAUUCUGCCACAAAAGUGCCAAGCGAGAAGAUAGAAAGUGAAAUCGAAAGUAUUUUAUAUCGUACAUUUUUAAAGUCUAUUAAGGUGUCUGCCUAUUCGCGUUAGCACAUUUAAUUGUCUAAGUACCCUUUUGCAUAUUAACAGCACGAGUGUGGAAGACGAGUUGGAUGUCUAAUGUGACGCCUAAUAAUUAUAGUUCUGGUUCGCAGUUGAUCGAAUCGUUUCCCAUAUUCAAUGUGAUAUUUUCUUGAUGUCUUUUUGCCUAUUGACAUUGCUUGAAGUUGUCUUGGUUUGCCUACAUAUGAUUGUGUUGGAACUAUUGUAUAAGUGUUUGAUAAUGUGUAAUGAAAGACAUUCUUAAUUGAUUGUGUUAUCGACUGCGUAAUUAAGUUUUUAUGUUUUAUAAAAUACAAUAUAUAGAAACUUUUUAAUAGUAUGAGGACUAGUAUUGGGCCUUAGGGCUCAUCUGAUACAAUUCAAGAACUGGCUGGUGUUAAUUUUUAGUUUUACUCAUUGUUUUCUUUUGUUCAAAUAAUCUGAUACUAGUAAUUUAUUAGUAGAGUCAUCAAAUCCGAUUAUUUUGAGGUUGAUAAGAAUAUUUAUUGUGUGCUAACAGUCAAAGGCUUUCAAAAGCAUGCAACAUAUUGGUUUACGUUACGUCAAAAUUCAUCUUCAAUCUUCAUAUCCUGCUCUGUAGAUGACAGGGAAAACACCAUCAAUGAGGAAGUCUCUGAGCUGGGAAGGUACAGUGUAUGGAUUUCUCAUAAAGCUUGGACGUUCUAGUAGUAUGGUGACUGGUCUGUUAUUUUUUUCAGUGAUUUAUAAUUUAGUUAUUUAAACAUAUAGUCUAUUUUAGGUUUGAUUUUGUUAAACUGUUUAUAUAGUGUACACACAAAGUAAGACAAUAAUAACACAGCACUAUGAGAAACAUACCUUUAACAACUAGAAUCGUUGUAUACAUUUUCCACUCAUAAAAAUACCAACAAAAUUGUAGUUCAACAGACAGAACAAGAGGGGAUAUACAUGAAAUAUAAAAAUUGUAAUACCGGGUGCGUAUAUAUUUCCGGGUCCUGAUAAAAAUGGUCGUUUUCUCAAUUACUCGUGACCUACCCGGAACUUUGAUAUACGAGGGAUAGAAGGCCUGCUAAAAAGUACUAACAAGAUGGGUUGGGGACGCGUCCUGCUGGUAUUAUCACUAUUAGUAGUGGCUGUGGCAUAUUUCCUGUAUACACCGUUUCCAGAUGAAGCCGUAGAAACACGUGAACAGAUGACACUAUCAAUCCUGACCAGCGCUUUACUGACGAUGUGCGAUUUUCAAGAAUACAUCGGGUACACAACAAUGCAUGAAUGUGCAAGGAACCCCUUCAAUUUGAUACCAGCUCAAACCGAUAAAGACCUAUCCGAUAGCGAAGUGAAGAUUACAGAAGAAUUAUUUGACGGUGUCAAAGUGAGACUGUUUGUACCACGUGACCUAACUGACAAGCAAGAUCUACCGGCAUUAGUGUUUUAUCAUGGCGGUGGCUGGAUAAUAGGAUCUGUAGAGCAGUAUUCUUUAUUUACAAAGAGAUUGUCUACGUCACUUCCUGUCAUUGUAGCCUCUGUUGAAUACAGACUUGCUCCGGAACACUUAUUCCCAAUACCAUUUGAGGACUGCGUGACAGCGACCAAGUAUUUCAUGAAAAACGCCAAGAAGUUCGGUGUAGAUGCCAGUCGGAUAGCAUUGUCAGGGGAUAGUGCCGGAGGAAACCUGGCGAUGGCUGUUGGAAUCAAGCUUACUCAGGAACGACAACCCCCUCGUCUUCUUGGUCUGUUUUAUCCUGCUCUUCAAAUAGUAGAUUUUAAAACUCCAUCAUAUAAUACAUACAACUCGGCCCCUUAUCUACUGAGGUCAGCCAGAAUGAUCAAAUUUUACUUACGGUAUAUUUUUGGAAACGAUAAUGAUUUAGAAAAAUUCUUAAAAAAUGAACAUAUAACAGAAAAAAUGCGCCGUGAAGUUAACUCUAAAGUAAACGUUGAGUUUUUGCCAGAGAAAUACCAAAAGUUCAAGACCCGUCCUGAGGAUCCGAAAUCUGUUGAUCAAAGCUUGGCAGAAAAAGUAGAAAAACUAGCUACGAAUGUAUAUAUGUGUCCUUUAAUGUUGGAUGAUCAAAUGCUAUCUCAGCUUCCGAAAACGUACUUGAUGACUUGUGAAUAUGACCCCCUGAGGGACGACGGCCUGAUGUUAGCAAAACGUUGGAAAGAUAUGGGAUUUCCGGUCAAACAUGUACACUGGGAAGGAAUACAACACGGAUUUUUUCCAACACCUAAACUGAACCGAUCAAGAGAAGCCAUGAAAGAUUUUAUUGAUUAUUUAAGAGUAGAACUUUAGAAUAUACACACUGUAUUACUUCAGGUUUGAGCUAUGAAUGGUAUUAGAUUAUUUUAAAGCAAAACUUAAGGAAAUAUUGAUUAUUUCAGCGUAUUUUAUAUUGCGUUUUUCCAAUGAUUUUUACAGUAUAUAUAAAUUAGCUCAAAUGAGAACUCUUUCAUAUAUUGAUGACUUGAGAGUGGAGGAUCAUUCCACGUAGAUUAUUUUGAAGCAAAGUUAAAGGAUAUAUUAAUUUGAACAUAAUAUAACUGUUGCUGCAAUGUGAUUGAAAAAAAGUUAUUUUCAAGGUGAUUUUUUUCUGUUUUAUAAUGUAUAACCUUAAAAUGUAUUCAUUUUGCAAGUUUAUAAUAUUUGCUUUGUCUAUUGUGUACGUCAUGCGAUUUCACUGUUGCUUUAAUACUUGUAUAUAUCAAUGUAUGAACUUUAUGUGUAUGACACCAUUUUAAAAUGUGUUUUGUAUUUUCAUUUUCUUUUAUUUUUAUCUUCUGGUUUCAAAUAUUUUAAUUCCCUCCUGUAAUUUAAUCAUGAACAUUAUAUAUUAAUCAUUGAAAGGAUCUGUCACUGUCUGGGAUCAGCCCCUCGAACAAAUUAGUGUCCUCAUACAGAUUCCCAAUUUAAAUCCAGGUCAAUUUCAGGUUAAGUUCAGAUCAGUUUUUGCUAUUAUGGUGCUAUUCUCAGAUCAAAUUUAGGUGAAUGUUUUACCUUAAAUCUGCUAUUUUGGUCUUUUCGGGUAUGAUAUAGGUUCUGAUAUGAAAAUUUGAAUGAACGAGAUCUGAAGAAAUUUUCACGCGAAAUAAACCUUAAUUUGUCCUGAAUUUGACCGGAAAUUCAGAUUAAUUUCAGAUGAAGUUAAUUUUCAGGUCAAUAUUUUACUUCAAGAAAUUUUGCCUGUGUUUGCCUUUAUUUUAUUUGGGUAUUCUAAGGACAGCUGUUUCCCAGGGCUCUUAGCACUGUCUGUAUAUAUUUCGUGAUAAAUCACUGUUUUUCAGUGUAUGUUAUGGGAGAAAAUAAGCCAUUAGAUUUUUUGUUUGCUGUACCUGUUCAAAUAGCUAUGCCAGAUUGCAUAUCUCAUAGCAACUUAAGAACAUGUAUGGUAAAAGUUCCUGUAGAUUGUGGUAGAUGGAGUAAUAUACACAGGAGGAGAAAGUUAAUAAAUAAACAAGAAAUGAAUCGGGGGAUGAAUAUUAUUAACAAAUUGAAUGCAAAAUUCCGUAUAUAUAUAUAUUUCCGUGAAAUAAAAGAGAAAACUCUAUACUACUAUGAGAGACCAAUCCCGAUCAAGUGUCUAACCUUAUUCAUUUUCGUAAUUGAAAACGAAUUAAUCUCAAUUGUUUGCAUAUUAUAACUAUACUAAAUAAUUCAGAAUAUCAAUAUGCGAAAUUGAUAUCCUAAUUAUGUCCAAAUGGGUUUAUGUAUUAAUAUAUGUAGAAUUAUUGUUAUUGUAAUAUUUACAAGAUAUCACUUUUCCCAUAGAGAACCAAUAGCACAGCUGGUAGUCGCUAGCCUAUUUUAGUAAUGUCAUAUGUUCAGAUCGCGCAGACGGCUGUGUCCUUGAUGAGGACACUGUAUAUACUCUUGUAGCUCAACUCUACCCGCAAUGCUGAGUAGAGUAAACCAUGGUCCAUGUUGUGUCCUUGAUGAGGACACUGUAUAUACUCUUGUAGCUCAACUCUACCCGCAAUGCUGAGUAGAGUAAACCAUGGUCCAUGUUGUGUCCUUGAUGAGGACACUGUAUAUACUCUUGUAGCUCAACUCUACCCGCAAUGCUGAGUAGAGUAAACCAUGGUCCAUGUUGUGUCCUUGAUGAGGACACUGUAUAUACUCUUGUAGCUCAACUCUACCCGCAAUGCUGAGUAGAGUAAACCAUGGUCCAUGUUGUGUCCUUGAUGAGGACACUGUAUAUACUCUUGUAGCUCAACUCUACCCGCAAUGCUGAGUAGAGUAAACCAUGGUCCAUGUUGUGUCCUUGAUGAGGACACUGUAUAUACUCUUGUAGCUCAACUCUACCCGCAAUGCUGAGUAGAGUAAACCAUGGUCCAUGUUGUGUCCUUAAUGAGGACACUGUAUAUACUCUUGUAGCUCAACUCUACCCGCAAUGCUGAGUAGAGUAUACCAUGGUCCAUGUUGUGUCCUUAAUGAGGACACUGUAUAUACUCUUGUAGCUCAACUCUACCCACAAUGCUGAGUAGAGUAUACCAUGGUCCAUGUUGUGUCCUUGAUGAGGACACUGUAUAUACUCUUGCAUGUAUAGCACCACACAUAUACGAAAGUGAAAAAUAUAACAUCGAACAAUGUCACGUACAUUAGAUUGCUAACCUUUCAAAAGGUAUCGUGUUUUGUUCUGUCUAAAAUUGUUAAGACUUUAAAAGAAUGUUAUAAGUAAUUGUACCAAGUUCGCGAUAUAACGACACUUUUCAUUGGUUAAUAACCAUGUAUUAUUGGACGAUAUACCUACACGUGUAUGAAUCAUUUUCCAACAAACUACCGCUCUUCCAAAAACCUCCCCCGCUCAUGUGAACAUGCCGAGGGACAUGUUUCCUUUAUUGAAUGCGGGUACAUGCAUUUAUUUUGUAUGCAUUUGAAUGUUUGCUAGCGGAUAAACAAACAAGUUUCUAUUUUCAAUCUAUAACCUGUAAUGCUCACGGUCAGAAAGUUCUGCCGGACUUAUUGCGAGAGUCAGGCAUAAAAUAGUGUUCGUAAAUCUGUUAAAUGCUCAUUUCGUAUGCUGACGAGCGAUGUCGAUAGAAUGAGGGUUUUCAUUGAUUGAAAUAAACAUUUAGCAUAAAGCUUGACGUCAUGCAUGUUUUUGUGUAUCGUCUGUCGACCAAAUGGUAACUGAAAAUAAUAAAAAAAAACAACCUUCCCAAACAUAUCCUGGUUAACAAACUAAAUACACAACUGCACUGCUUGUUGUAAAAUGAAGACAUAUAUUGGCAUCACGCGACAUCUGUUACCGAGCGCAAAAGCACAGUCCUAUUUAUUUAUUUUUUUAGAUUAUCUGGAUCAACUUGGUUAUCGCAGGAGUAAGGACAUUGAAGUAGACACGAAAAAGACUUCUAUUACAUAUUACUUGGUAGAAAAGAUAUAAUCAACAUAUGUGUGUACUGUAUGGUGUAAACUAUAACUCGGGAUUAGAAAAUGUUGAAAAAAUAUUCAACUCAGGCUGCAAGCGUCCUUAGUUGGUUUUUUCCCCAGCAUUUUCUUUUUAUCUUUUCCACCAUAACAAACGCACACAUACGUUGAUUAUUUCUUGGUUCUAACACAUUUGCGAUGUAACGACACUGAUCAUUUGUUAAAAAUCAUGGUUGUUUGGACGAUAGACCAUGCGCGAGCGUGUAUUAUUUUCAAACAGACUAGCGCUUUUCCAAAAUUCUUCCCCGUAAAUAAACCGGUGAACAAGCGAAUCGCGGGACUGAUUUCAUAUGACAAUGUUUCGGACACUUUGUACAUUUUGUAUAUGCUACGUUGGUUUGCUUGAACCGAUCAACUAUUGGUGCUUACCUGUUUAAGUGUAGGUGAAGAGGCAGUUGUUUUUGCCAUUUUAUCGUCUUAGGUUGUGUGUCUAUUGGAGUGAUUAUUUACGCUCCCAAAUAUUGAUCUUCUUGAGCUGAUCAAUUUGUCGUACAUAUAUGUUGUUUCCUGAUAAUCUAUAUAGAUUAGGCUGAUUGUUUGUAGAGCCUUGGUUUUUAUGCCAGGCCUUCUUUUUUAAGGGCUGUUUGUCAACUAGCCUUUGGGUGGGAAAGACAUUGUGAAUGUUCCACUCAGAAGUGUCUUUGUGGCGGUUUUUGGCCUACCUCACUUAGGCUAGCUGACAUUUUUUUGUUUAUAUUGUGUGGUAGUUGCUCCUAUAUUUGUAACAUUGCAACUUCUCUAUGUUUGAAUUUCUUUCACGUGAUAUGUUUUUUUUCAUGAUUAGAGUCAUUAAAGUGGCUCUAUUAGAAUAAAUUCAAAUGUCACCAGUUUGGUGGC